CCAACAUAAAUAGCCAUUGCUAGCCAGUGAACAAUAUCAGUCACGAUUCAACCGUAUUCCACUUAGCCAGCCGCCAACUAUUGUGCCAUCAAGAUGUACACCCGAGUAAUGAUCUUCUUCACCAUCUGCUGUGCCAUCCUUGGAAUGGUGUCCGCCGGAAUUUUACCCCUGGCAGCACCGUUGGCCGCGACCGGAGUAAUUGCACCGUACGCCACGUCCUACAAUGCCCACACCGUAAAUCACAACAUUGCGGCCCCCUACGUGGCGGCCACGCCGUUCGCUGCUCCCGUAGUAGCCCGAUAUGCUGCCGCUGCUCCAGCCGUCGUUCCAGCCGGUUUGGCUGCGUACAGUGCCGCCGGUCUAGCGCCGUAUCCGGUUCUGUUCUAAGCGUGUGCUUGCGCCUUUCCAGUACAGGUAGCCUGUACGGUUCUAGUCAGAUGUACUCGGCUCGUGUUACGUACAAGUGAUAGUUGAAUAAAUUUGUUGAA